GCUGUGGCGGAGUUGCUGUGUAGGCGGGGCGACGGACGGAGCCCCGGCUCCGGGUCGCCCUUCCUGCUAUCUUCCUGGGAGUUACUUCUUGUGGAAUUGAGAGUAGGCGGCACCCUCAAGGGUCUCCCGUGACCCGGACCGCGGUGGCGGCCCCGCUGACGGGAUGUUCCGGAGUUUGAGCAGCUGGUUUGGCUUGGAGCAGCCGGCGGCGGGUGGCCGGCAGUCCCAGGGAGACGGACAGCCCAGGGGACACGCUCCACCCGAUCAGCGCUCCGAGGCGGUGGCGGAGUCAGUGGAGGGGGAGCCACAGCUAGCCGGGAACCAGGAGCUCCUUCAUCAGGCCAAGGGCCUCGGCAACUAUCUGUUUAACUUUGCAACCGCUGCUACAAAAAAAAUAACUGAAUCAGUUGCUGAAACAGCACAAACAAUAAAGAAAUCAGUAGAAGAAGGAAAGAUAGAUGACAUCAUUGAUAAGACAUUUAUAGGAGAUUUUCAUAAGGAACAGAAAAAAUUUGUUGAGGAGCAGAAUACAAAAAAGUCAGAAGUAGCAGUGCCACCAUGGGUUGAUAGUAAUGAUGAAGAAACAAUUCAACAACAAAUCUUGGCCCUGUCAGCUGACAAGAGAAACUUCCUUCGUGACCCUCCAGCCGGGGUGCAGUUUAACUUUGACUUUGAUCAGAUGUACCCCGUCGCACUGGUCAUGCUCCAAGAGGACGAGCUCCUGAGCAGGAUGAGAUUUGACCUUGUUCCUAAACUUGUGAAGGAAGACGUGUUUUGGAGGAACUACUUCUACCGUGUCUCCCUAAUUAAGCAGUCGGCCCAGCUCACAGCCCUGGCAGCCCAGCAGCAGGCUGCUGGGAAGGAGGAGAAGAACCACGGCAGACAGAAUGAGUUGCCGCUGACAGAGGCAGUACGGCCCAAAACACCACCUGUCGUAAUCAAAUCUCAGCUUAAAACUCAAGAGGACGAAGAGGAGAUUUCUACCAGCCCGUGUGUUUCUGAGUUUGUCAGUGAUGCCUUCGAUUCCUGUAACUUAGAUCAGGAGGAUCUGAGGAAGGAAAUGGAGCAGCUCGUGCUGGACAAAAAAGAGGAGGGGACAGUCGCACUGGAAGAGGAUUCUGUAGAUUGGGAGAAAGAACUACAACAGGAACUUCAGGAAUAUGAAGUGGUGGCAGAAUCAGAGAAACGAGAUGAAAACUGGGAUAAGGAAAUAGAGGAAAUGCUGAAGGAGGAAAAUUAACUGUCUGUCUCCUGAAAUAAAAGAAUAAACCGUAACAUGCUAUAACUGACAUUAAAUUCUAGAUGUUGAGACUCACUGAAUCAGAAGGCGCAAAGGAAUAUAACUUUAUUAAAUUCAAAAUUCUUUGUUUUUCAAGCUGAAACUUGCCUCUUCUACUUAAAAAAACAGGACACAGGACAUUUAUUCUAAUAAUCAAAAAGGGAUGUUUUAGGUAAUGUUCCUUUAAUAUAAAUCUGGUUAGAGAUGUUCUUAUAGUCAGUACAGACAUCUUUCUGGUAGUCAGUACAGACAUGUUUCAGAAACACAAAAUCUUAGACUGCAGUUUUCUGUGAGGUCAAAAAUAUAAUAUAUUCUUCAAUUGUGGUUUUCUAAACAUUUGUACUUCUUGCAUUUUUGUUGAUACAUAUAUGUUAAAGUACUUAAUGGAUUAAUAACUAUCAAAAUGACCAAAUUGUACCAAAGAACUUGAGAGGAAGCACUUUCUAAACUAUUUUCUUUCAGAUAUUUUCUAAAAUUCCAUCUGGAAGCCAAAAGAUAAAAUAAUUAUAUUGAUUAUAAUAAGUAAGCAUCACACAGUUUGACACUGAGAAAUACUGUGUAAAAAUAUUUGUUUAUCUUUGGGGCCUUUUUAAAAAAAAAAUCUAUGCCACAUUUAAUAAUGGUUUCCUAAAUUUCACAUCAUGGUUUUUGUAGAAAACAGGGUCUUUCAUCCUUUAAGUAUCAAUGACUGUCAGAAGCCCCUUCACCUUAACGUCUCAUGUUGUUUAAAUCGUCUCCACAUAUAAUACAUGUUUUUGCUUUUUUGUCUUAAUUAAAGGGUCAGUCUUUAUAAAA